UCAUUUCCAAGGGAAAAGAAACAUAUUUCCAUCAUCUACUGACCAUCUAGAUUGUAAUUUUCAUGAAAAGUAAAAAUGUUCCUCCAUUUCAAUAUCAUCAUUUUGACCUAGAGUUAAAGAAUUACUAAAAGUGGAAAAGGGUUAAUCCUGGCAUUUGACACAAAGAAUUGGAGGAAAAACAAAUUUACCCCAAAAUCACAAGAUUGGAGGCUGGACCUACAUAUUUUUUAACAUGAGCAAAAUAUAUUCAUUUUCUCUGAAUCAGAUUUUUUUUCAUUUUAUGGCUAAACGAAACAGAAUACCAAACCAUAGAAGAUGUAAGGUUUUCACCCAAGAUUUCCUAUCGAAAUGAUGUUAAAUCCUGCCAAAGAUUAAUUUUUCCUAAAACGUUGAACUAUUAGUACUAAGUGUUUCUUCAAAAUCAAAAGACUGAUAUAAACUCAAAAGGUUAACCCUUCCCGAGAAAUUUUUGAGAAUUCAUAGUUUCUCUAUUUUCAUAAGGUUAACCUCUUUGAGAUAAAAGCUUUUGGUCACAGAAAACAUUUUCUUAACAUCUACUGUUUCCUCCAAUGCCCAGGAUAGGAAGCGCGAAGAUUUCGAAGUGCGCCCUCAAUAGGCGAAUGUAUGCAGAUAAAGACAUACAUUUGCACACGCACAAUUAACAAGGCAACAGUACUCAGAUUGAGCUAAAAAGUGGGCAGAUGAAGAAACUUGCUGUUCUGGGCGCUACGGGGAAAACUGGACAACAGGUAUUGAAGCUGGCAUUAGAGGAGGGAUUUGAAGUGAUUGCUUUAUGCAGAAACCCUUUACGACUGGAAUUGAUUCAUGGGCAUUUGCAGGCAGUGCAAGCUGAUGUGUUCUCUGUGGAUUCCCUGAAGUCUCACUUUACUGGUAGCGAGGCCGUUUUGUCUUGUCUCGGCAGGUCAGUCUCGUAUACCAGACGAGAGUCAACAUUCUACUGUGAUACAAUGAAAGUUAUCACUCAGGCUAUGAGGGAGGCUGGAGUCAGACGACUUGUAUGUAUGACCUCAUGGAUGACUGAUUAUGGGCUGAGUGAACCUGGACCAUUCUUCACCGAGUGGAUAUUAAAAUCAUUCAUGCGACUCACGAUAGGGAGAAUCUUAGAUGAUAUGAAACAAAUGGAGAGAUAUCUCAUUGACAAGUGUCAGGAUAUCAACUACACCAUUGUCAGACCUCCAGGCUUAACGAACGGACCAUUGAGUGGCAGACCUGUGGAAUGUGAGGUGGGGCAAUAUGUCUACUCAGUCAGCAUCAGUCGGAUCUUGAUGUCUCGUGCUGAUGUGGCCAACUUUAUGCUUUCCACUCUCAAGUCCUUUGAUUUUGACCAGAAAACAGUUGCCAUAGCUGUAAAGUGAGAAACACCGGCUGGAAAGUUUACCACACGAUAAAUGGUAAACCAUUUAUUCUUCAUUUUCUUCAACAAUUUCUUUUUGAGCAUGGACUUGAUGCAAAUCCCAAGUGAUGCAGACUGUUACCCAAAUACAACCCAAAGAUCUUUUGGUACAUGUAUUUUCAUCUCAUUGCCUUGUGCAGAGAAUUUAUGUCACUCAAUGACAUAGUGCCAGCCAUUGUUCUUACAAAACAAUUAUUCCUAUUGGCUCUGAAAGUUUUUAUUUUUCUUUAUUUUAAUUUCAGCCCCACACCCUAAUCCACCCUGUACCUAGUGCUUUCUAAAGUCCGAAGACUUAUCUCUUCACAAUUCUAUAUUAAGAAUGGAGGAUUGAGGACUGUUAGGGUUAAGAAAACUAAGGGUGGGAGACAAUGUGCAUGCACAUCACAUCACACCUCUUCUAAAAUUCCAGGGACAUGAACAUUUUAAUUAAGUGUUGAAAUAUACAUGCAGAUCAAAACACUUGACGCACAUGCAUGCAACCUGUGUUCAAUGAAAGGGAUUUUCAUUUACAUGUAUAUCUUAAUGUAAAACACUAAUGUACUCAGGGAUUGGAAACAUGAAAGUUGGUACUGGAGAUAAUUUCAGAGGUUUCUAAAAUUCCAUCAGGGUAAAUUAAAUCUUUGAACACAUCUCCAACCUCUUGCCUACUGUUUUGUAGCAAUUAAAAUAUGCAUGAUCGUUGAAUAUUUGUGUUCUUCAGAAAUCGUUUAACUGUAUAUUUAAAUAGAACAAGUAAUGUACAAUAAACUGCACUUAGUAUUUUACUUCACAAAAAUAUCUGCCUGUCUAAAAGAAAUUUUUUUCUUAAAGAACAGCAGUGAUGUACAUCACAAAGGGUACAUUUAAGUACAUGUGAUUCAUCAUUCCAUUUAUACUGUAAAGCACACUUUUGUAAUAGUUGAUAUGCAAAAUACAACAAAAGAGAAUA